AUGACACAUGCUGUGAAGUCUCGCCAAGAAAGGAUUCUCUCACUCUUCUUGAAGAUAAGCUCAACCAAUGAGUUGUCAUUAGUGCCGGCGCCUACACCGGAAGAAGCAGACAAGAUGAUGCUCGCAGCAGCGAAGUACGACUCUGAUUUUGAUGCUGCAACUUAUGUCUCCGGAGCAACUUUUCAAAUGCAAAGAGAACUCCAAUGGUUUAACGCUGUGGAAAGGUGGCUUUUCCCUAAUUUUAGAACCUUCAAACACGAAGGGAAAGCAUACUGGCAAAUAUUCACAGAAGAGCACGGAGUGUUGCUUGAGAAAGGAGAGAAAUGGGUCAAGCACACAGCAGAUAAAUGUAUGCUCGUCUCAACUCUAAUUGCCACAGUAUUGUUUGCUGCUGCUUUCACUGUACCCGGUGGCAAUAAUGACAAGACUGGAAUCCCAUUGUUGUUAGGUCGGGACUCUCUCCUAAUUUUCGCAAUUUCAGAUGCAUUAGGUUUGUUUUCUUCCGUGACAUCUAUCUUGCUAUUCUUGGCCAUCUUAACUUCUCGGUAUGAUCCAGAAGAUUUUCUUGACUCAUUGCCUAAGAAGAUCAUUAUGGGCCUUGUUUUUCUCUUCCUCUCCUUGGCUUUCAUGCUGGUGGCAUUCGCUGCAACUCUCAUAAUUGUGCUUGAUAAGAGACUGGAGUGGGUUCUCAUUCCCAUCACUCUGCUGGCCUUUGUCCCCGUGAUUUUAUUCGUAUUACUACAGCUUCCCCUGCUAUACCAAAUGGUUAAGUCCACUUAUGGACCCAGUAUCUUUUGUCCUGAGAGCAUAUGGGAGUGA